AUGGCUCUAAUGGUUCACCUGAAGACGGUCGCUCAUCUUCGGGGAAAAGGUGACCGGAUCGCCAAAGUUACAUUCAGAGGUCUGUCCUUCUACAGCCAUGUGGCAGAGAACUGUGAGGAGGCGGCCCACUUUAAUGAGACAUUUCGAUGGCCCAUUGCCAGCAGGCUGGAUGGCAACGAGAUGCUGGAGAUCCAAGUGUACAAUUACAGCAAGGUCUUCUCCAACAGACUGGUGGGGACUUUCUGCAUGGUACUUCAGAAGGUGGCUGAAGAGGGACACCUAGAGCUGACCGACACACUCAUCGAUGAUAACAACACAUCAAUAAAGACCAGUGUUACCAUAGAGAUAAGAUACCAGCCGAUGGACGGCACAGUGGGAGCGUGGAGCGAUGGGGAGUUCCUGGAUGUUCCUGAUGACCGUGACGGGAUGUUUGCCUUUGAAACUGACAGCUUGCUUUCUGGACAAAGCCACGGGUCUGGGACGUCCCCUGGACGGUCCUUACAGGGAUCCAUACCGACCUUCAGAAAAGCAGGGAAAGGAGUGUUCUCAGCCAUGAAGCUCGGCAAGAUCAAGAGCUCUAAAGAAGAUCACAAGAAAGGAGAUGAGCCAGCAGUCCUGGACAUGGAGGACCUGGACAGGAAGGCGAUGCGUCUUGCUGGGACACUGGACCCAGACACCAUCUCUCUGGCCUCUGUCACGGCCGUCACCACCAACGUGUCAAAUAAGAGGUCAAAGCCAGACAUCAAGAUGGAACCGAGCUCUGGACGACCAGUCGAUUAUCAGAUCAGCAUCACAGUGAUCGAGGCUCGGCAGCUGAUAGGGCUCAACAUGGACCCUGUGGUGUGUGUGGAGAUUGGAGAUGACAAGAAGUACACAUCAAUGAAGGAGUCCACCAACUGCCCGUACUACAACGAGUAUUUCGUCUUUGACUUCCAUGUCCCUCCGCACGUUAUGUUUGACAAGAUCAUCAAGCUCUCAGUGAUUCACUCUAAAAACCUUCUUCGGAGUGGGACGUUGGUGGGAACCUUCAAGAUGGAUGUUGGGACUGUUUACUCUCAGCCUGAACACCAGUUCUAUCACAAGUGGGCCAUCCUGUCUGAUCCUGACGAUAUCACGGCUGGAUGCAAAGGAUAUAUAAAGUGUGACAUUGCUGUGGUCGGAAAGGGUGACAACAUCAAGACUCCACACAAGGCCAAUGAGACUGAUGAAGACGACAUAGAGGGGAACCUUCUGCUCCCAGAGGGCAUCCCAGCAGAGAGGCAGUGGGCGAGGUUUUAUGUGAAGAUCUACCGCGCCGAGGGACUUCCUAAAAUGAACACCAGCAUCAUGGCUAAUGUGAAAAAGGCCUUCAUAGGAGAGAAUAGAGACCUGGUGGACCCCUACGUUCAAGUGCAGUUUGCUGGGCAGAAAGGGAAAACGUCAGUCCAGAAGAGCAGUUAUGAGCCAAUCUGGAACGAGCAGGUCAUCUUCACUGAACUGUUCCCCCCACUCUGCAAACGCCUGAAGGUCCAGAUACGAGACUCGGAUAAGGUCAACGACGUUGCCAUAGGAACCCACUUUAUUGACCUACGCAAGAUAUCGAAUGACGGUGACAAAGGGUUCCUGCCCACCCUGGGCCCAGCCUGGGUCAACAUGUACGGCUCCACCCGUCAGUACACUCUGAUGGACGAGCACCAGGACCUGAAUGACGGCCUGGGAGAGGGCGUGUCCUUCAGAGCCCGUCUCCUGCUCUCCAUUGCUGUGGAGGUCUUGGACACAACCUCGCCUGAGAUCAUCAGCUCUACUGAGGUUCAGAUGGAGACUGUCUCCAACAUCUCAGAGAGCGCCACAGGGAAAAUAGAAGAGUUCUUCCUCUUUGGUUCCUUCCUGGAGGCCACCAUGAUCGACAGGAAGAUUGGUGACAAAACGAUAAGUUUUGAAAUCACGAUAGGUAACUAUGGCAACCAGAUAGAUGGCGUAAGCAAGCCCUCAUCAGCGAAGAAGAAGAAGAAAGAUGGGGAGAAUGAAGAGGAGGAGAGCGAGCUCAUCCAGAACUCCAGUGAGGACGAGGCGGACGAGGACGGGGACCUGGUCUCGGUGUCCUCCACUCCGCUCAUGAAGCCUGUCAUCACCGACAGAAACUACUUCCAUCUUCCCUACUUUGAAAAGAAGCCAUGUGUCUACAUCAAGAGCUGGUGGCAGGACCAGAGAAGACGACUCUACAACUCCAAUAUGAUGGAUAAGAUUGCCGACAAGCUGGAGGAGGGUUUGAAUGAUGUUCAGGAGGUCAUUAAGACAGAGAAGGCCUUUCCAGAGCGCAGACUCAGGGGAGUGCUGGAGGAGCUCAGCGUUGGCUGCAGUCGGUUCGUGACUCUUGCUAACAAGGAUGUGAACCAGGCCGGCAGAACCAAACUGGAUCGAGAACGGCUUAAGUCCUGCAUGAGAGAGAUGGACAGCAUGGGCCAGCAGGCCAAGCAGAUUCGGACUCAGGUGAAGAAGAACACUUUCAGAGACAAACUCAAGCUAGCGCAGAACUUCUUGCAGAGGCUUCGUUUCCUCGCUGACGAGCCACAACACAGCAUCCCAGAUGUCUUCGUCUGGAUGAUGAGCAACAACAAGCGCGUCGCUUAUGCCCGGAUUCCCUCCAAAGACAUCCUGUACUCCAUAGUGGAUGAGGAAACUGGUAAAGACUGUGGUAAAGUCAAAGCUGUCUUCCUCAAGCUGCCCGGUAAGAAGGGCUUCGGUCCUGCAGGCUGGACUGUUCAGGCUAAGCUGGAGCUGUAUCUAUGGCUGGGCCUCAACAAGCAGAGAAAGGACUUCCUCAGUGGUCUGCCUAAUGGUUUUGAAGAGAUUAAAGCUGCUAAAAUGGGCCCCUGUCUUCACUCUGUGCCCCCUGUCAGCCUCAUCUACAACAUGAAGCAGGUGUUUCAGCUGAGAGCACACAUGUACCAGGCCCGCAGUCUGUUUGCUGCCGACAGCAGUGGCCUUUCAGAUCCUUUCGCUCGGGUCUUCUUCUCCACACACAGCCAGGUUACCGAGGUCCUGAGCGAGACUCUGUGCCCUACAUGGGACCAGCUGCUGGUGUUUGACGAUGUGGAGCUGUUCGGAGAGGCCAGCGAGCUGAGAGACGACCCACCAAUCAUUGUAGUUGAAAUCUUCGACCAGGACACUGUGGGCAAGGCAGAGUUCAUAGGUCGGACGUUUGCAAAACCCACCAUCAAGAUGUGUGACGAGCACUACGGCCCACCGAGGUUCCCACCACAGCUGGAAUACUACCAGAUUUACAGAGGGAACUGCACCGCUGGGGAGCUGCUGGCUGCUUUUGAACUGCUGCAGAUUGGUCAAGGAGGCAGGGCUGAUCUUCCUCCCCUCGAAGGGCCAACAGACUCUGAGCGUGGGCCCAUUCUUCCUGUGCCGUUGGGCAUCCGGCCCAUCCUGAGCCGCUACCGCAUUGAGGUUUUGUUCUGGGGUUUAAGGGACCUGAAGAGGAUUAACUUAGCUCAGGUGGACCGGCCACGUGUGGAUAUAGAGUGUGCAGGUAGAGGUGUUCAAUCUGCCCUCAUCCAGAACUACAAGAAAAACCCCAACUUCAGCACCCUGGUCAAAUGGUUUGAGGUGGACCUUCCAGAAAAUGAGCUCUUGCACCCUCCUCUCAACAUCCGGGUGGUGGAUUGCAGAGCGUUUGGCCGCUACAUCCUGGUGGGUUCCCAUGCUGUCACCAGCCUGAGACGUUUCAUCUACAGCGCCCCAGACAAGACCUCCAACAACUGGGCCACUGCAGCUAAGCUAAUGAACGGCUACAUGGUCCUUACCAAUGGCGGCUCCCAGCCUCGCUCCUCACCCAGCCUUUCCUCCCGCACCCUCUCUCGCCCCGCAGGUGACAUCGUCGUCAACAUGGACACGGAGUCUCUGGUUCGAAAGAUGGACACAGUUGUCAAGUUAGACGCCAUGUCUGAUGCUGUUGUAAAAGUUGACAUGACCGAGGAGGAGGGUGACAAAGAGAAAAAGAAGAAGAAGAAGAAAAAGAAGGGAGGAGUCGAAGAAGAGGAGGAGACGGACGAGAGUGUGCUGGACUGGUGGUCCAAAUAUUUUGCUUCAAUAGAGACACUGAAGGAGACCCUCAGAGCCCAGGAGGCAGCACAGGCAGAGGCGGAGGAGAGAGAGGACCUGGAGAUAGCAGCAGAGUCGGCAGCAAAAGUGGACGAGCUGGUGGUGUACAACAAGGAGCUAGAGACUGAAUAUGGUAACUUUGAAGACUGGCUUCACACCUUCAACCUGUACAGAGGGAAAGCUGGGGACGACGACGAACAUGCUCUGGAUGACGACAGGAUUGUUGGCAGAUUCAAGGGCUCCCUAUGUAUGUACAAGCUACCUCUGUCUGAGGAGAUCACCAGAGAGGCAGGAUUUGAUCCUAACAUGGGCAUGUUCCAGAGCAUUCCUCAUAACGAUCCAAUCAAUGUCCUUGUCCGUGUCUAUGUGGUCAGGGCUACAGAUCUUCAUCCUGCUGAUAUCAAUGGGAAGGCUGAUCCGUACGUCGUCAUCAAGCUGGGCAAAUCAGAGGUCAAAGACAAGGAGAACUACAUCUCCAAACAGCUCAAUCCUGUAUUUGGCAAAUCAUUUGACAUUGAGGCCACGUUCCCCAUGGAGUCCAUGCUAACAGUGUCGGUGUACGACUGGGACUUGGUUGGCACUGACGACCUGAUCGGCGAGACAAAGAUUGACCUGGAGAAUCGUUUCUACAGCAAAUACAGAGCCACCUGUGGCAUCUCAUCCAACUACUCUGUCCAUGGAUACAAUGUUUGGCGGGACCCUAUGAAGCCCAGCCAGAUCCUGGCUAAACUCUGUAAGGACGGCAAGAUCGAUGCACCUCAUUAUGGGCCUGGCGGCAAGGUCAAGGUAGCGAGUCGAAUCUUCCAGGGACAGACAGAGAUUGAAGAUGAGAAUGGUUUGAAGAAGCAGACCGAGGAGCAUCUGGCUCUGACAGUGCUGAACCACUGGGAAGAGAUCCCGAGAUUGGGAUGCAAGCUCGUCCCUGAGCACGUGGAGACCAGACCCCUGCUGAACCCCGACAAGCCCGGCAUCGAACAGGGCCGUAUUGAGAUGUGGGUGGACAUGUUUCCUAUGGACAUGCCUGCUCCUGGACCUGCGAUUGACAUAUCACCGCGGAAACCAAAGAGAUAUGAGCUCAGGGUGAUUAUUUGGAAUACAGACGAAGUAAUACUGGAGGACGAUGAUUACUUCACUGGGGAAAAGUCCAGUGACAUAUUUGUCAGGGGGUGGCUGAAAGGGCAGCAGGAGGACAAGCAGGACACAGAUGUGCACUAUCACUCCCUGACCGGUGAGGGCAACUUUAACUGGCGCUUCGUCUUCCCCUUCGAUUACCUCAUGGCCGAGGAGAAGAUCGUCAUCUCUAAGAAAGAGUCCAUGUUCUCCUGGGAUGAGACCGAAUACAAGAUCCCUCCUCGCCUCACACUGCAGGUCUGGGACGCCGACCACUUCUCUGCUGAUGACUUCCUGGGUGCGAUUGAGCUGGACCUGAACCGGUUCCCCCGUGGCGCCAAGACAGCCAAGCAGUGCUCCCUCGACAUGAUCCGAAAUGAGCAGGAGCUUCCCACCAUUUCCAUCUUCAAACAAAAGAGAGUGAAAGGCUGGUGGCCGUUUGUUGCCCGUGAUGAGAACGAUGAGAUGGAGCUCACGGGUAAAGUAGAGGCUGAGCUUCACCUGGUGACAGCAGAAGAGGCAGAGAAAAGUCCUGUAGGACUCGGACGAAAUGAGCCAGAUCCACUGGAGAAACCAAACCGCCCAGACACCACCUUCCUGUGGUUCCUGAGCCCGCUGAAAGCCAUCCGCUACCUGGUGUGCAACCGCUACAAGUGGCUGAUCAUCAAGAUCGUGCUGGCCCUGCUGCUACUCAUCAUGCUGGGCCUCUUCCUCUACAGCAUGCCAGGCUACCUUGUCAAGAAACUGCUGGGGGCUUGA